GUCCUCCUAAUGGCUUUAGCUAGACUUUGAACAGCUGGUUGCAGAAAUAAAUCUACCAACGCACAUUCUGCUGUCCUGCCAGCGUUAUACUUCCGACGCACAGAAGUACUGAUCUGUCUUGUUUUGUCGUUCUCGUGCCACACUGGUGAUAACCGCAUUCGGGCAGUUUCGGGCAGUCCUCCCCGCAGGGUACUACUUGAUCGACCGGGUGGGAUUCCGACGUAGUCUGGCUUCAUAAUUAUCCCGAACCUCGUGGCAAUCCCUGUCCACUUAAUCCACCUGGUGCUGCAUUACUCAACGAUCCCAGGAGACCCGAUUCUUCAUUUUUUCACGCUCGUGCCAGCACAUAAAAGCAAACCGCCCCCCAUGAAUUGCCCUUCGCGCACCGACGAUACUCUCGAGCAUCCCGACUGGAAUCAGAACCCUUCGGCCUUGAACGCGGACGUCACUACUCGAAGUGAUUUCAACGGGCUCGCCAAUUCCAAGGUCCAUAGGCGGCACGCGUCAGGGAUGGGAGGCGCUAUCGAGGAAGGCAUUUCGGCAAUGGAUCAUCGACCGCAUAGUCUAGACGGGAACGAGACCGAGGUCGAGGAGAAGUGCCCCGGCGGGGUGGUCUCUGUCACUCCUGGGGAUCAUAUCCCCGGGGGAAACAGCGGAUCGCCCUGCCGUUCUCUCAAAUCCACCCUCCGUUCAUAUCCUGCGCAUAUAGCGCAAAGUCUGGUCAAGUUUGGCCGGUUCAUAGGCCCCGGCUUUCUGAUCGCAGUAGCCUACAUUGACCCCGGAAAUUAUUCCACCGAUGUUGCAGCAGGUGCAGAAUACCGUUAUGCUCUUUUGUUCAUCGUGCUCGUCUCCAACCUCUUUGCUAUUUUUCUCCAGUCCCUGUGCAUUAAGCUUGGCACAGUGACUGGGCUUAACCUUGCAGAAAACUGUAGAGAACACCUUCCGAGAUGGCUCACAAUUAUUCUAUACGUUUUGUCGGAAGCUGCCAUUGUCGCGACUGAUAUAGCAGAAGUAGUGGGAUCGGCAAUCGCGCUCAAUCUUCUACUUAAAAUCCCUUUGGUCGCGGGAUGUGCAAUCACUUUAGCCGACGUUCUCUUUAUCCUCAUCUUCUACAGACCAAACGGGGCAAUGUGGGGGUUGCGUCUGUUCGAAUUUUUCGUCAUGCUGCUUGUAUUGGGGGUGGUGGUUUGCUUUUGCAUCCAGCUCUCAUUGAUCAAGGAGCAAUCCGUUGGCGAUGUAUUCCGCGGCUACCUCCCCUCAUCGGCCGUCGUUCAAUCAGAAGGUCUGUAUCAGAGCUGCGGUAUUCUUGGCGCAACAGUGAUGCCUCACUCGAUGUUCUUGGGCAGCGGGGUGGUUCAAUCCCGGCUGAAAGAAUUCGAUGUUACUCAAGGCUACGUGGAUCCAUCCGUUUGCAUCGGAAGCACCGGUGGUGAGGUCGAGUAUAGACCCUCGAUCCAUGCCAUUCGAGGCUGCAUGAAGUAUUCUAUCAUUGAGCUUUCGUUGUCGCUCUUUACAUUUGCUCUGUUCGUGAACAGCGCCAUUCUCAUCGUCGCAGGUGCUUCCCUUUAUGGCACUCCUGGGGCAGAUAAUGCAGACCUCUGGGGGAUAUACGAUUUGCUUUCAAGCUCGAUUGCUCCUGCGGCGGGCCUAGUCUUCGGAUUAGCCCUCCUCCUUUCUGGCAUCUCUGCGGGAAUUGUCUGUACCAUGGCGGGACAGAUGGUAAGCGAGGGGAUGUUGAACUGGACUAUUAGGCCUUGGCUCCGUCGAUUGAUUACUCGAUCGAUCAGCAUUAUCCCUAGCAUAAUAAUCGCAGCAGCUGUCGGUAAGGAGGGUCUGAACAAGACCCUCAAUGCCAGCCAAGUGGUUCUAAGUGUCAUCCUUCCCUUUGUCAGCGCUCCCCUCAUCUACUUCACAUGUCGCAAUCGUUUCAUGACCGUCCCAACGGACCGGGUCUUCGAAGGCGGAGACUCGGCACCCGGAGGAGUCAAGCUUAAAAAUAACCUCUUUGUGACCAUCAUCGCUGUUAUCGUCUGGCUGAUCAUUGUGGUGAUGAAUGUCGCGCUUCUUGUUCUUCUUGGCCUUGGCAAGGCUUGAAGCUUGAGCCGGGAAGAUCCAUAACUUCUACAACGGCUAUUAUGGAGUUUCGCCUGGAUCCGUUGCGCGGCGAGGUGCUCGUACAUAGAUUUUGAAACCAGGAAAU